CUCAACUCUUGACAUCGCGCGUUAUAGCUGCAGCGAGAGGAGCGAGCCUCUCAGCAGGGUUGCGCGAGUUGAUUUGCAAAGCGACGUUGCCAAGCCCCAUCUGGAUGAUGUUUUCGGGCGUACAUACCGGAGAUGCAACAUGCGCGCAACAUGGAUAUGAGCAGGUCAUGAGAUCAAGGUCCGGGGUUUCUGGCUGGCAGCUACCGGCAGCAGCAAUGGCGCCCGCCGCAGGCAUGGCCAUGGGUGCCGCCAGUGCCAUGGCCGCCCGGUGCGCCAACCCUUCCCACAUGCACAUUACUGCUGACGUCAGCCACAGUGACACCACCCUUUGGAAUGAUGGAGGUGCAUGCCAGCAGCCGUGGCUGCCUGCUGCACUUAACACCGGCGGUGCCACAAUGUCAGGCAGCGUCAUCAACAAGGUCUACACGCCCACUACUGCUACUGGUGACUUGCCCGCUAAUAGCGGCCAUAUGGUGCCUGCUGCUGCGCCUGCGGAGAUUCCAUGCGCGCUGGCGCGCAUCGGCAGUGCUGGCAGCGGCGUCACCGCAGCCGCAGCCACGCAGUCCCCUGCACGCGCUGGUGGGCAGCCAUGGGAGCCUAGCAGCAGUGCGGCGGCGGGUUUCACCCCCUCCCUAAGCGGCACCUCCACCAUCACGCGCACCCCGAGCGACAUGUCAAUGCGCUGGUCGCCCUACCCUGCUGCUGCUGCCGCGACCACUAGUGGCGGCGGUGACGGCGGCGGACCUGGCCCACACCGGCGGCGGCUCGUGCGGCGGCUGGUGGUUGAGCCGCUAGACCUGUCGGCGCCCCUCAUGCCGCCACCGACCUCAUCAUCACUACCGCUGCUGUCCUCCACUCCUGCAACACGUGUGCCUGGCGCAGGCCCCGCCGCGGGGGCCGAUGGCGGCGCCGCGGCCUCACUGGCAGCUGCAGCUGCUGGCAGCAACACAGCGGUGCCGACCGCUGUUGCCAUCGUGACGAGCAAUACAACGGCGGCCCUGUGCGCUGGGCUUGUAGGCGCCAGCAAUGGUGCGGCCAUCAGCAGGAGGAGCGGCGGCGGCGGGCUGAUGCUGGUGUCACCUGUGCCUCCUGAGGUUCAGGCGUGGGCUGCCGAGCAGCUGGCAAGAAGGCAGCAGGCGCGCAUGCUGCAGCCGCCGCCGCAGCAACAGCUGCAUGCGCGCAUGUCAAAUGUGGCCGCUAAUCCCAUGCAGCCGCCGCAAGCGGCUGGUGGCGGUGUGGUGGCGGUGGCGGCGGCUGGCUGGGGCCAGGAGAGUUCAGGACCCGUGGCCGUGCAGCAAUACCAAAUGCAGCUGCAGCAAGAACCAAUGCAGCAGCAGCAACAGAUGCAGUGGCAACAAAUGCAGCAGCAGCAACAGAUGCAGAGGCAACAUAUGCAACAGCAACAGAUGCAGCAACAACAGAUGCAGCAACGACAGAUGCAGAGACAGCAGUUGCAGCAGCAACGGAUGCAGUGGCAACAGCUGCAGCAGCAACAGAUGCAGCAGCAACAGAUGCAGCAACAACAGAUGCAGCAACAAAAGUUGCAGCAAGGGCAGAUGCAGCAGCAGACGCAGUGGGGUAGCUGGAAUGCCCACUCGCAGAGCACAUGGCAACGCAUGCCGAGCGCCUUGAAUGGCGCUGCUCAGCAACAGGUGCUGCAGAUGCAACAGCCGAAUGAGCAGAUGCGGCAACAACUGCGGAUGUCACAGCAACAACAGCAGAUGCAGAUGCAUGCACCCCUGCUGGCCUAUGGCUCCGGACCAGCAGGGGCGGCGGCGGCAACCGCCACGUCGUCCCCCCCGCCGGGUCCCGUCACCCAGCAGCAGCCGGCCUCAGCUCCUGUGUGGCCGCCGCAGCAGCUGCAGCUGCAGCCCAGGCGUGAGGUGCAGCAGGCGGUGGUGGUGGCGGGAGAGGAGGAGGGGCGCCAGGACAGCGGGCCCCUGGUCCGCCGGCGUGUGAACACGCUGACCGCCGCCGCACAAGAGGCCGCCUGGGGAGUGCCGUACUGGCCCUCCUCCUCCUCCUCCGCCGCCGCCGCUGCCUCGCCUCCAACAGCACCUGGAGCAGCAGAAACGGCGGCACCGGCGGCGCCGGGUGGCAGCAGCAGCGCUGCAGCCGCAUCGGCGUUUGCCAUGGGCCCCUCCGCUACCGCCGCCGGCGGCCCGCUACAGUGGCAGCAGCUGCUGGCACUAGACAUGGCCGCUGCUGCGUCCCCUGUCUCCAGCCCCCUCUUCGGCGAUGCUGACUUGCUGCUGUCUCCCAGGUCCUCCAGCGCAGCACAGGACACACUGCUGCUGAUGGCGGGCGGUGGCAGCGGUGUCUUCCCGCAUGGCGAUUGCGCCCACGCAUCGGACGGCGGCGGCAGGCCCCCCAGCAUGGCGGCCGCUGUCGGCCUGGUGCUGGGCCGCGGCGGCGGGGACCGCGAUGCGGCGGCUGCAGGCUGCGGCUUUGAGGGCCUGCCGCCGCUGGCCGCGGUGGAGGGUGAUGGGCGGCUCGGCAGGAUGUGCCACGCCACUAGCACUGCGGGCGGGAUGCAGGCGGCGGUGCGGACCGCAGCCUCCAUGGCGAUAAGCCAGCAGCCCGUCAUCAAUGGAAUGAUGAUGACGGGUCAGUGGGCCCCCCAGGCCAGCUACAACCUGUUUGCUUGCGAGCAGUGCGCUGAUUCGCACUACCAGCAGCCGCUGUAGUCGAUAGACGUAGAAACGGCGAACGUUACAUUGGGCACGCAUCUUUGUGUGCGCAAAGUAUGCCGUGGCUCCGACCGCCGCACUUGAUUGACGCCAUGUCCGGCACGGGGCAAUGGACGGAGAGCGAGAGGCUCUUGAGAACUGUACGGUUGCCUGCCUUGUUUGGAAUGGCGGCGCUGCUGGAAGAUUGCAAAGGCCCGCAUGCGGUUAGCUAGUUGGUGCACCGGGGGAUGAGGCCGUGUAUGUCCUGGAUCACAAUGGAUGGACCAUACAUGGGUGAGACGAGUCCGCAUGUAGCAGACGGGUCGCACGGCGGAUGGCGGCUAGCUGAACCAAGGAUGAAGGUUAACCAAACCGCAUUUUGCGUUGCACUGCGUACUCGCUUGUUUUGUGUCUGAGGUGCUGUCCCAAACACAUGCAUGCCGCCAGCUUGCUUUGGAGCUGGUUCUUCAAUAAUGCAUCACUGCAGUGCCAGUAUCUUCCAUCUACGCCGCAGACAUUUGCUCCAAAUCCGCCGAAUGAAGGCGAGCGAAGAAAACAUUUUGGGUUUGCUUCGUGCUGCGCCUCUACGGAGCGUAGACUUUUUGGGGCGAAUUUGGCAGUAUCUCUUGAGACGUGUGGGGGAUGGGGUUGAGGGCUUGCCCCCAAGGGAAACUUUUCCUGGCGUAGAUGUCAUCUGAAGGCAUCUACAAGAUACGGGCACUGCAUUACUGGCAUCUCUAUGUACGUUGGGAGUAAGCAUACGGCAGCGAUUGGGUGGGUAUUGUGUACACGGGUUUGUUAAUUUGUAGAGGAGCAGCUCCUGCUAGCAUGUACGGUGGCGCCUGUGGGUCAAACGGCGGGAUACUGAAGCUUUCAUGAUACUUGAACGGGUGGAUGGAUCAGAGAUAGAGAAAUACAACUCAGCGCAGUACCACCUGAGCAUUUGUGUUUCGUGGGGCGCGGCCUUGUCAAGCUGCCUACGACAAAAUUACAAAAUAUGUGUAGCUAGCUCCGAGGCGGUCACGCGGCCGCUGUGUGCGAGACCAGUCCGUUGCGACUGCUGGCGGCUGCUUUAUUACGGGGGACUGCGGCAACUUGACUGGAUGCCAACAGGCGGCGAGGGUGCGUGUGUAUGUGCCAUGCAUGCCCAAUGGUGCGGUGCGUGGGGCGUGACGGUCGGUGGACGUUUGACGAGCGGCGCCAUCAGCAGGCGCACCCAGCUGACACAGCAGCAGGGGGCUCUACAGGCGGGUGUGCACAGUUUCUGUUUGGCGAAGGACUCAGCUAUUUCCCUUGCAUGACUUUAUAUCGCGCAUUCAUGCAUUGCGUGCAUCAUUUUGGUGGAUUGAAGGUGCGAUAUUGCCGUUUGAGCUGCGGCAACUGAAGCCAGCCGGCUUAUGGUUGCAUGCUCGCAAAUCUCAGAGAAUCUCUCGUGAGUGCCCGCCGACGGCGGGGUCAUCAUGUGCGACUCGCUUACCGUACGGUACUUGACGAUAGGUUUUGCGCGAGGCUAGCAGGGCAGUCGUUUUGGACGUGUUGGCAUGGAUAUGUACGGUAUGGUUGUCAAGGCGUCGAUCACGGCGCAGCGCGUUGCCCAGACGGCGCGUGCUCCUUCAUGUUAUAGAUAUGGUCGGUCUGCCAGAGGAUUAAGGGGUGAAGUGUCGUGCGCGUAUACAUUAGGGAAGCACAAGGGAUAAAGGCCGACAGCACCAUGUGUGUGUGUGUGUGUGUGUGUGUGUGUGUGUGUGUGUGUGUGUGUGUGUGUGUGUGUGUGUGUGUGUGUGUGUGUGUGUGUGUGUGUCAAUGUGCGCCUUACCUGGGAACCCCGCAGCCGUACGUCGGCAAGACCCGAUCUACGGGCGGGCGGGCCACGGCAGCCCCUUUCUGGGGCGGGCCAGAUAGAGGUGUCCUAACGUGCAGGCAGGGGUCCCGCCUGCUGUCGCCUAGCUACUGCCGGUGCUGGCAGCUGCAUUCUUCCUUCGUUAUAGUUUUGCGAUUGAUCCCUACAUGGUAGGUGUUGGUGUGCUGUGCUCUGGCACUGGGUGCACCCAGCCACCGUGCCGUGCGUGCAUGCACAGUUGCAGGAACGCGUAUGGGUGCAUCCCUGAAGCAGGCGUUCUAUUUACUUAUGUUGGGGAAGAGCCGUAAGGUAGGGAUGCUCUUUCGCCUCUCUUUGAGAAAGGCAGUAAAAGUACAUUACAGUACCGUACUGCCAAAAAGGUUUGGUGAUCCAAAGUUCGUGAACAGUCCACGAAAUUGAGCGCCGAAACAAUUUCAGCUUAUUUUAAUGAAAAUUCCCCCGAAAUUAAAUACCACUAGCAGCAAUUUCCCGUGUAGCGCGCGCUGCCGCGCGGGGGGAGUGCGGGGAGACUGCGAGGAGGCACGGUGGAGCACGAGGGCGCUGAGUCUGACACACCCAUUGGGAGCUUGCGCGCGUGCUGCGCGCGUGAUUGGCAGCGGCGCGCUGCGCUAGCAGUUGCUGGCGAAGGCAUCUUUAGUGGUGGCACGGCGGUGCUAGUGGGCUUGGUUUGCAAUGAGAGGGCACUUGCUUUACUGUAGGCAAAGUGCGUGGCGGGAUGCUACCCAUGCGCACGAUGGCUGGCGGUGGCGGUGACGGAGGCGGUGGCGUCCCCGAAAAUUUGGAUCAGAGUUGUUACUUUUCCCUAACCGCCCACGAAAUUAAAAAAUAUCGAAUUUAUUUCAGCAAUAUUUGGCAGCCCUCCCGAACUUUAAUAAAACGAAACCUUUUUGGCAGUACGGUACUCAUGAGGUUUCGUGCUCUGACGCCUGUGCGGAGAACAGGCUGAAGGGGGCAUGAGUGAUCAUGAGCGGAGAGGAACACAGGAUCACCGUUCCUGAUAUGCAUGGCGCUGUGUGAGGACGCUCUCGCCAGUCGAGGUUGGAAUGAAGACUGUUUGGCUGCGGUGGGUGCGUGUCGGCCUGUCGGGCCCUGGGACGGUCGGGGCGUCGGGCCGUGGGGUUUGCGGGAGGAAGACCCAAUCUCGAGAGGUAUCUUG